ACCUACUCGAAUUCAAGCCAAAAUGGUACUAAAUUAUCUAAUUUAUAAUUAAAGUGAUAGUAGACUUCAUUCUCGCUUCAGAGUGCACUUUUUCCCCCUUUUAUAAAAAAAAAUGUUAAACGAGGUUCCGAUUUUGUGGAGAUCUGGACUGUCCAGAUUGGGUCCUUGCAGAAAUUAGCACCCUGGCAAGAAUAUCAAGCGUCAAGAUGAAACUCCUGUGUGUGCAAGUCAUCAAAAAUCUGCUCGAUGAAGGCAUCGAUUAUGACAAAAUUUCAAAACUAACGUCAGAUGCAAAAUUUGAAUUUGCUCUAUGUAUUUUGCUAUAUGCUCUUUCAGAGAGUGGAGACGUCAAGGCCAGUAUAGCAGUGCUGAGCUUUAUUCUGUCCAAUGCUGCAAAGCAUGAUGUAGACAGUGAAUCUCUCUCAAGUGAACUACAGCAGCUUGGCCUGCCUAAAGAGCACACCACAGGAUUGUGUAAAUCGUAUGAGGAUAAGCACAACGCCCUACAGGAAAAGCUGAGGGAGAGCAGCCUACGCUUGGGUCAUCUGGAAGCUGUGAAUUGGAGGGUGGAUUACACUCUGAGCUCAAGUGAGCUAAAGGAAGUGAAUGAGCCCACAGUACAGCUCAGGCUUCAGGCUCAAAACCCCGAGACAGACUCCACAGAGACCACUGUUGUCUCAAUCACUGCUGACAAGUUCAGAGUACUGUUAACAGAACUCAAACAAGCACAGGUUAUGAUGAAUGCUCUACAGUGAUCCAGUCAUCUUUUGUUGGCUAUUUUUCUUGGAAUAUGCACGUUUAUGCAUGUGCACAUAUGCAUUGAAUCCAUCUGUUUUUAAAUAUGAUAUACAUUUAAAUAUUAAAAAUUUGAAAUCUGCCACUUUGUACCAAUACGUUGCAAUAUGCAAAAAGCUUUUGUAGUCAACAGAUGGCUAUUUUGUUCAGGGUUUGGUCUUCACUCCCUAGUGAGUUAAAUGUUGCUCAAAUUGAGUAUCGAUUGGACGUGUGGUGACAGGGUGGGUAUUAUUUGAAACAGCUUUUCCUCAGCUCUUCUCGUCUGGAAAUAAGGACCUCUGUUUGCUUGGUCUGGCCUUUGUAUACUCCGUGCUGUUUAAAUGGCAAAAGGCUGUAAAUUAAAACCUGAGUUAUUCUAAAUCAGAUUUAGAUGUUUUUAUGCACAUUCAGUCUGGACCAGAAGUCACUAGAGACUAAUUUGUCACUUGCUGCCUAGUGUGAACGAGAGAUGUAAUUUCACUUCAUUGAUUUUCCUUCAUAAAGUUGAUCUUAUAUGUAUUUUUGUUUAAUGAAAUUGUCUUUAACAUUUGUUUGUUUCUCAAUAAAAAUAAAUUAACAGCA